AUGUCUUACGCUUACCUCUUCAAGUAUAUCAUUAUCGGCGACACGGGUGUUGGAAAGUCGUGUCUUCUUCUGCAGUUCACAGACAAACGAUUCCAACCUGUACAUGAUCUCACCAUCGGUAUCCUGCCUUUUUUGAAACUCUAAAAAUGUUUUGCUGUAGGAGUGGAAUUCGGUGCGCGAAUGGUCACUAUCGAUGGAAAACAGAUUAAGCUACAGAUCUGGGACACGGCUGGUUUGACAUUAGCUUGUCUACUCUGGAGUUUUUGAUUUUCUUUCAGGCCAGGAGUCUUUCCGCUCCAUCACUAGAUCUUACUACCGCGGUGCCGCGGGUGCUCUUCUUGUCUAUGACAUCACCAGGCAAGCUCUUCACAUUCUUCUAACUGUAGUAGCCUAUUCCGCGUCAGCUUUUCACGAUUUUCCUUUUUUCUUCUGAGCUACAGAAUCCUUCUUUUCGAUCCGCGCGAUAUUUAGCUUCGCCUGCACCUUUAAUUUAACGGAAAGAAAAAUCCGGCGCGCUUCGAACGGAAUUAUCCUCUAGAGAAACGAAAUUCGUGGCCUAUAUAUACAUGAAGAAAAAAAAAUGGUAGCGAUAAAAUAAAGGGCUUUAAUUUUUUUGUUCGUUCGCGAUGCACAAAUAAUAUUUUAAUAUUAGCUUGAAAUCAAUUUUUUCAACUUUUCUAAAACUCUGAAGUUGUUUUUUUUUGUUCACUUUAAGUUUCAUAGACCAAGUUUCCUAUUGAUUGUUCCCUGAUUUUUAUUUUUUUCUUCUCGAAGGUUUAGAAAUCACGUGAAUAGUGUUUUCGAAAAAGAAUCAGAAUGUGCGCUUCAAAACCGACGAAACUACGAAAUUUUCUAAAACUGUUCACUCUUGUUGCCUUGAUUUAUGAAAAUAUCAUCGAAAAGUUUUUAAAGAAAGGAAAUUUGAAGCUUCGUCGAAAGAGGUUUAAAGGAGGUUUUAGUUGAGAUUUUUUAUUUCAUUUCGAAAUAGGUUGAAAGCUUAGAACUUACAUGAAAAUUCAGUUUGUGUUAAGCAAAGAGUUUGGAAAUUCUUAAGUUUUGAAAAUUUUGAAAGAAUGGACAGUGAAAUCCAAAAAAGUUUUUUUUAUAACCUUGACUUUAUUUUGAAAUACAAAGCCAACUUUGAGUUAAAAAUAAAACUGAGUUUCAUCUGAGUGGAACAAUGGAGGUUAUAUAUGUUGAAAAUGGAAAUUUUUGAUUUAAUUCUAAGCCUUAGCCCUUGCAAAGCUAUCCAUUCAAUCUAAUGAAAGUGCUUUGAGACGCGACACAUUCAACCAUCUGACUUCUUGGCUGGAGGACGCUCGGCAACACAGCAACAGCAACAUGGUCAUCAUGCUCAUCGGCAACAAAAGGUCUCUCCAAUAAUUUCAAAGUUCUUUUCUAAAGGUUCUCAGGAAAAAAAGAUCAAUCGAUUUGUUCAUAAACUUUCCUACCAUAGAAAAUUUUUAAAAAAUCUUUAUCAAUUAUUUUCAAUACCGUGUUCAUAGUGAAAUGCAAAAAACAGAGAAAAAAAAAUAACUAAAUGUUGGAGAGUCAAAGAAAAUUUUGCAUUUUGCGGAAAUUAGUUCGAACACGGCAUAAAAAGCUAGUUUCCGGAGCAUCACCCAUAGCAGUAAAUUGAGAAACAAAAUUUUGUUUGACUUUAUAUAGAUUUUUUUCAUUUCUUUGUUAAAGUGGUUGAAAAACCAUGUGUGAUUUGUGAAAAAGCAACAAGUUUCAAAAAAAUUUCUUACUUUUUAACAUUUUUUUCUCAUUUUUCCGGAUCUCGGAUCAAGCGUAGAUUCAUUAUUGAAAAAAUUCAUUUUAAAGAACCUUUUUUUCGCUUUUUUUGCGGGCUUUUCAAGCUUCAUGAUUCGAAAACAAGAUCUUUUGCGAAAAAAAUAUUUUUCCUGUUCUGCAAUCAGAAGGUCUAAAAUACAUUUCAGCAAAGUUUCACCAAAACUUCAACCUGGGGAUGUAAAACUUUCCCUAGUAAGUAAAAAGCUGUUUGCAUCAACAAAAAGCCUAGAAGAAAGUUGUUUUGUAUAGCUGAAUCACGGCUAACUUGGGAAGCUGAGGGGCGUUGCGUGUCUGCGUCCUUCACUAACCAGGCACUAUCUACUUUAUUAUCCUGUCAAGACCCUUUUUUUGAUGGCUCAAGCCAGCCGUGAAUCAGUUACAGCCAAAAGUUGAGAUAAACAAAAAAGAGUUCAGCGAUCUCGAAGCCCGUCGCGAAGUAAAGCGGGAGGAAGGCGAAGCGUUCGCUCGCGAACACGGACUCGUAUUCAUGGAGACGAGCGCCAAGACUGCCGCCAACGUCGAAGAAGUCCGUCACCCCCUUUUUUUCCAAUAUCAUUGUCUUUUCAUCGUUUAGGCUUUCAUCGACACGGCCAAGGAGAUUUAUCGCAAGAUUCAGGAAGGAGUUUUCGACAUCAAUAAUGAGGUUUCUGUUUUUCAGUUAAAAUGAUUGGGCUUUAUUUUGAAUGGGAAACAUUUUUCCUGAUUCUAAAAUAUCUAUACAUUUUUAAGUUGAAACAUAACUGUAAAAAAAAAUAGUGAAAUAAAUUUCACACAUUUCUUUCUUUAUCAUAUAAAUUUUCUUCAGAAAACAUGUUUGAAUCUCGUUCCAAACUGAUUCAAUAACUAACAAGGAAGUUCAUUUUCCUUUGAUGUUAAGAAUUUUCAGAAAAUUGGCCAGGAUACUCCUUGAGGUACCGAAAAAUGAUCCUGAAAGUCUCAACCUGCUCGAUUUUCUAGUAUUAGAUGCCUCGAAGUAAAAAAAAACCCCUCGAAAUCUGUUAAAAUGGACCAUUUUGGGGCUUUGAGCCCUCAUUUUUCAAAAACACGGGAUUUGUGCAGUCUGAAGUUUUCAGGAUUUUUUCCUGGUACAUCAAAAAUGUGUUUUUAGCCGAUUUUUUUGAAAAAAAUUCUCAACGUUCCUUUUAAGAGUAAAGUUUUGUGACGUCUCUUUAGUGAAAAAUUUGAAAAGGUUGAUUAGCCUCGGCUUUUUUCUGUUCUCUCACGGGUUGAAGAGGACAUUUUUUCAAACUUUUUCAUAAACGCGCAAGAAAAACCAUUAUCAAAUUGUCAGGAAUUACCAAGAAACCAAUCAUUUCACCCUGAAAUAUUGCAGGCGAACGGAAUCAAGCUCGGACCUCAGCACUCGCCCAGCUCGCCGAACUCGCCUGGCGGCAACGCGAGUAGCGGUCUCGGCGGCUCUUCCGGCUGCUGUUAG